GAAAUCUUCGGUUGAAUAAUAACCUCUGAGCGUACUACUAUCUUUAUCUGAGAAAUGAUUGAAGAACAAUUUUAGUAAAUGCUAUUAAAAUAAAGGCGUGCCUUCCCUAUAAAACGAGAAUAUCCUCAUCGUCUUACUCCUAAGGCGAAAAACCCCGUUAGCUUUGACUAAAAUUUAUGGGCUCUAUUCUUACCAUUUGUAACCUUCGAAUUAUAUCUAUCGAAACGAUCACAUUUACCUAAAUGGAACUCUUUGUAAAUAUAUCCUAUUUGUGAUGUGACAAGCAUUAAAUUUUAAAACAGCUCAAACUUACGUAAAGUGAUUGUGUAACAUUUUUAAUCGUUUUCUUUGUCGCUUCUACGGAAGCACUUCGAUUCGAAAUCGAUAUACUUAUAUAGUAUCUUAUCGAACAUUUUUUUUAAAUUUAAUAUAUUAUUUUAUAUAAUGUGUAUCAGAUAGAGAAGUUCUUAUCAAUUGAACUUUAUCUUUUGCUAUUUCUACUAAGAAAGAAAAGCUAAAAUAAAUAAAAUAUUAUUCCAAUUAGAAAGUAAUGUUAUAAAGUAAUGAUGAUCAUCAAUAUAAAUCAAUAUAUGCUGUUAAGUACGUACAUUUGUCAAAAAACAUAGGAAGAUUUCGAUUGGUGGUGAAUAGAUAUAACGAAUCUGUGUUUAUUACAUUGAUUUAAGGACGUUUUUGUCAAUGAAUCCCGUAAAGUUGAGCAACCCUUAAAGCUUGAAAAACGAAGCACAAUGAAUCAUGAUUCUGAGACUUGCGCAAUGAAAACCCCUAGAUACAUACAUAUUGUGUAUGGACGAGUUCGUUUUAACAGCUGUAUUAGUGUGAACCGUUGAUCUAGCUAGUUAAGAGACAAAAAUAGUAGAAUCAUGAAAAUGUCGAUGAAAACCCACUGAAUAUUACAUUUUCGAGAACUGAUUUCAUUCUUGACAAAUUAUCGUGAAGUUCCCUGCCACUGUUUCCGAUACAUUUACAUCUUUCCGUUCGGAGACGCCCAACCGAUAAACCAAACCGCUUACGAAAAUUCGAGAAUCGACAAAAAAGUGAAUUCGAAUUUGUGGAAAAUCGUAGGAAACAUUCGAUCAGACACGUAACCUGUCGAACGCGAAAGCAUUCUGCGUGAGAGAGUGUUGGAACAGAAGAUAUAUUUAAACUGCGGAAUUUGCAGUAAUAUUCUCGCAAUCCUUUACUGACCGUUCCGUCAAAUAUAAAGCAGCAAGAAAAUUACAAAUACGUAACAUUCGAUGAAAACAAUGUACCCCUGGAUAUUUCCCUUGAAACCUUACAUCGAAACACCAUGGUUAUGUUUGCGGCCCUUUCACGACUUUGCGGUUAAUAAAAACAGAAACGUUAUAACGUUCCACUGAAAUAUUAUGUCAGAGCUGGAAGUUCAUAAAUUCUAUUUAUAAGCUUGAUGAUCGAGAUCGAGGAAAACGGAUUUCUUUGAAACAUCAACACGUUGAGAAUGCAGCUACCGCGCAAAAUGAGUGCUCAAAACGUGAUGGCGAGCAUUAGUCGUACAUUGGGAAAUCGCGAUCAUAAGCCAGCAGGCAAUGAAAUUCGAUUCGCAGGCGACGAAAGGAAAGACAAGCUCUACGAGCCAAAGCACAAACAAAAGGUGGUACGAGUAUUGACGGUGGUGGCCUAUGUUAUAUUUGUUAGCAUGGCAGCUAUCUUGUUAUCAUUGUAUUAUACAUUUCUAUGGGAUCCUAAAGUUCCUAUCAAGAUGAGAACGAAACCAGACUGUGCUAAUAUAAAAUUACCAAAUUUUCACACCACUCCCUCUAUCAUAAACGAAACGCAGACAGAAAAAAUGACAACAAAAUUAUUAACUGUGGCGAACGAGCAAAGUUCUCUGUCAGAAGUCACAACCAUUCCACAACAAAAGGAUUUGCUAACUAUUUUAACAGAAAUUGCUGAAUCAUCUACUACUUCUUUGCCAACAACAUUCGAGGAUUUACAAACUAAUUUAACUACAGAAACCAAAGAAAUAUCUACUCAAAUACAUUCUAACCUACAAUAUUAAUAACAGACAAAAUGUUAAUAACUAUACAAAAUAUAUUCACAUACUUUAUAUAUUCUAUUCACCAGUCAUAAGCAUGUGGAUAGAUUUUUCUGAUCCAAGCAUUUUACUUGCUCUUUCAGUUCCUACAAUUGCAGAAAGAUGCAUAAUGUCGUAUUUACAAUAUAAAAUAUCCAUCCAUGUGCACACCAACUUCUUACUCUUGAAAAAUCUGUUCCAUGAGAUUCUUUUGGUUGUAAAUGUAAAUGAUUUAAUACAUGUAUCAUGUGAUCCCAGUUUUGCAUUAAAAACAAUUCUGCUUGGUCAAGAAUCAAUAAUUCUAUCGAUGCCAAAAAAUCAUAAUCUCUAUCUGCUUCACCUUCUGCACCUAUUAAUAUUCUUAAACCUAAUAAGGAUGAAAUUAUUAUGUCAGAAGAGUUUUGGAUUUCUUUUUGGCAUUAUUAAUUCGUUACCACUGAAAUCUUCCAUAAAUCUGUUCUUAUUUAUUACUGAGCCACCUUUAUCUUCUCCAAUUAGAAUAGAUAUCAAUAAUUCGACAAUUUUUAAACACGAAUGCCUAAAAGGAACUAUUAUUAAAACUUUUGGUCUCACUAGACCCUGA